GCUGCGGGCCUGGUCGGGGCCCGGGCGGGGGGCGCCAUGGCGGCCGCCGAGACGAAGAUCAUCUACCACCUGGACGAGCAGGAGACGCCCUACCUGGUGAAGCUGCCGAUCCCGGCCGAGCGGGUCACCCUGGGCGACUUCAAGGGCCUCCUCAACCGGCCCAACUACAAGUUCUACUUCAAGUCUAUGGACGAUGACUUCGGGGUCGUGAAGGAAGAAAUCUCGGAUGAUAAUGCCAAGCUUCCCUGUUUCAAUGGCCGGGUGGUAUCCUGGCUGGUGUCUGCAGAGGGGUCGCACUCAGAUGGGGGGUCUGUCUGUGCCGAUAACCAGCCGGAGCUGCCGCCCUCCAUGGAGCGUACCGGGGGCAUUGGGGACUCCAGGCCUCCCUCCUUCCACCCCAACACCGGGGGGAGUCGGGAGAACCUGGAUAACGAGACGGAGACCGAUUCAGUGGUUUCAUCGCAGCGGGAGAGACCUCGCCGGAAAGACGGGCCUGAGCAUGCACCCAGAGUGAAUGGGAUGGCAAAAGGAGACCGGCGCCGAGACCUAGGUGGGUAUGAGAGCUCUUCCACUCUCAUGAGCAGCGAAUUGGAGACCACCAGCUUCUUCGACUCAGAUGAGGAUGACUCCACUAGCAGGUUUAGCAGCUCGACAGAGCAGAGCAGCGCCUCCCGCCUGAUGAGAAGGCACAAGCGACGCCGGCGGAAACAGAAGGCCCCACGCAUAGAGCGGUCAUCGUCCUUCAGCAGCAUCACGGACUCAACUAUGUCUCUGAACAUCAUCACAGUCACUCUAAACAUGGAGAAGUACAACUUCUUGGGCAUCUCCAUCGUGGGACAGAGCAACGAGCGCGGGGACGGUGGCAUCUAUAUCGGCUCCAUCAUGAAGGGGGGCGCAGUAGCGGCCGAUGGCAGGAUCGAGCCGGGAGACAUGCUCUUGCAGGUGAACGAUAUCAACUUUGAGAACAUGAGCAACGAUGAUGCUGUGCGCGUGCUGAGGGAGAUCGUGCACAAGCCGGGGCCAAUCACCCUGACUGUGGCCAAGUGCUGGGACCCCAGCCCCAGGGGCUGCUUCUCGCUACCCCGGAUUGCUCCCCAGCGGAUCUGGGCUGGGCCAGACUCUCCAUGCUCCGAUCCGGGUGAGCCGAUCCGACCAAUCGACCCAGCAGCCUGGGUUUCCCACACGGCAGCGAUGACUGGCACCUACCCGGCGUACGGUAUGAGCCCAUCCAUGAGCACAAUCACUUCCACCAGCUCCUCCAUCACCAGCUCCAUCCCAGAGACCGAACGCCUCGAUGACUUUCACCUGUCCAUCCACAGCGACAUGGCCACCAUCGUCAAAGCCAUGGCCUCCCCCGAGUCAGGUCUGGAGGUGCGCGACCGCAUGUGGCUGAAGAUCACUAUCCCCAAUGCCUUCAUCGGUUCAGAUGUGGUGGAUUGGCUUUAUCACCACGUGGAAGGUUUUACAGACCGGCGAGAAUCCCGCAAGUAUGCCAGCAACCUGCUGAAGGCCGGCUACAUCCGACACACUGUGAACAAGAUCACCUUCUCAGAGCAGUGCUACUACAUCUUCGGAGACCUCUGCGGCAACAUGGCUAACCUGUCCCUGCAUGAUCAUGACGGAUCCAGCGGAGCCUCAGAUCAGGAUACGUUGGCUCCGCUCCCCCACCCAGGAGCUGCGCCGUGGCCCAUGGCUUUCCCAUAUCAAUACCCACCACCUCAUCCAUACAACCCGCACCCAGGAUUCCCUGAUCCAGGCUACAGCUAUGGUGGGGGCAGUGCAGGCAGCCAGCACAGUGAAGGGAGUCGGAGCAGCGGUUCAAACCGCAGUGGCAGUGAGAGGAGAAAGGAGAGAGACCCGAAGGCCGGCGAGUCCAAGUCGGGUGGCAGUGGCAGUGAGUCGGACCACACCACCCGGAGCAGUCUGCGGCGGGAGCGGGCAGCCAGCGAGCGCUCGGUGCCAGCCAGCCAGCGCAGCCAGCACUCCCUGACUCACAGUGUCCGCAGCCACCACAGCCAGCCGUCUUAUGGGCCGCCCGGCCUGCCGCCCCUCUACAGCCCGCCCAUGCUGCUGAUGCCUCCGCCGCCUUCGGCCAUGGGGCCCCCAGGGGCCCCGCCGGGCCGCGACCUGGCCUCUGUGCCCCCUGAACUGACGGCCAGUAGACAGUCGUUCCGAAUGGCAAUGGGCAAUCCCAGUGAGUUCUUUGUGGAUGUAAUGUGAAGCACCUGUCCCCCUGUUUGUCUGCUGCCCUCAUCGGUUUGUCUUCUAGGAAAAGCCCUGGCUUCACUUUGUUUUUGUUUUGUCUUGAUAACUAAAAAAGGGAAAAAUAAACUGAACUAAACCUUGAGUUUAAUCCCUAGUCCCGUGGCAUGGAGGCGGGGGCCAGCAGGCCUUGCUGAGCCCUGCCAGCCCCGCCUGGCCCGGCCCAGCCCACCUCCGGACUCAUGUGUGCAGAGGCAAGUUGCUGCUGCUUGUGCAAGCCCCUAACCCCCAUCUCUAACCCCAUUAACCUGCAUCCGUCCUGGAGCCUGUGCUGCUCGCCCGUGUGUAGCUGCCGCUGCCCCCUUACUCCUUCCGCCCUAAAUGUCUCCUCUUUCUUUUCAUCCUUUUGUGUUUCUUCUGUCAAGCAGCAAAGAAUUACGGGGUGUUUGACUUCCUCUGAGCUUGCCGCCCGCAGGGGUGAGAGCUGGAGCAUGGCAUAGCAGCUUGGCCCAACAGAGGAGGACAUGAAGCCCCAAGGGUGCUGGGCACGUACGGUGCUGAAGAUGGCUUCUUUCCCACUAGCUGAAGACGCCCCCCCGUCCUCUCCACAGCCCUGAGAGGGGAGCAGGGCCCAGCUCCAGCCUUUUGUGUGUUCAGAUCAAUAAAUGUAGCCACUGAAUGUGCCAGGGCUUCAGUGCCUCUGGGGAGUGGAGAAGAUGAGGCCCCAUCUGGGAGGGUACCACUCCCUGUUCCCCCAUCCCACCACAUGCUCAGGCUUGGGCCAGGGUCUGUUACUCUCUGUACAGUAUUAAAGCCAGUGUACCCCUGUGGCAAGGCCCCACUUGGGUUCAGAGGCAGUACACUAAUGAGGCUCCUGACUGAGUGCUGUUGGGUCAGUAACUCCCAUAGGAGGUACAGGCCAGCGUCAGGAGGCCGAAAUACCGGUCAUCCAUUACUCAAUGCUUGUGCCCAUGAGCUGCGUGGUGUGGAUUUGGCUGAAUGUGAGGGUUCCGUUUGCGCCCGCUGCGCUGCAAGGGUGGAUGUCUAGCUCUGAAAAUGUGCCUUUAGUCUAGGCAGCCUCUCCCACCCCCUGCAUGACAAUGGGCCUGACUCCCCAUUCCUUGGCCACAGAGCAUGCUCCAUCCAGGCCUGCUGUGUGUAGGUGGGAGCUUCAGCUACUGGCUGUACUCUCCUACACUGGUGCUUAGCAGCAGGCUCCGGGUGCGGAAGCUAUUAGGCCUAAUCAGAGCAAGAGGAGGGGGUAAGAAGCUGAGAAAGGGGCAGCUGUGGGGUUCUCCUGCAUUUGCUGCCUCCCUCUGUUGUCCUAGAGGGGUGCGUUGUGCUGCCUUUUUGUCCUCAUCCUCUCCAGGGACAGGGGAGGGGUGGGGCAGGACCAGGCUCUAAGGAGACUGGAGAGUGACAGCCUUGGGCCUGCUGUGGCAGUCCCUGCUUGAGAUGCUGCCCCCUUCUGUGUCGUGGCACUGCAGCCCUUGCCUGUGGCAUGUAUGCAGGGCCUGGGCCCUGUCCCUCUGGAGGACUGCAGUCAGUUUAGCUAUUAGAGAAAAGUUCCCUUUUUCUCCCUCGGCCUCCUGGAGCCACUCGGAGCACUACUCCUUCUGCCUGAUGCUGGUGUGACAGAGAGGUUAUCUUGGGUAACUGGCUAGUGCACGAGACAGUACAUGGUACGCUAAGCUCCACUGCAGCCAAGGGUGGGCUUUGCCACAGUCUUUCCCUUUCCUCCCUGGGUCCUCUCGCUUCCGUUCAACAGCUUCCUCUGCAACAGUGUAAACUCCUUGGAGUUGUGGUUUUUAUUAUUCUUAGCAGGUGAAAUAUAUCGUACGCCUGGCACCAGCUCAUCUACUGCCCCCUAUUCUGCCCUGUCUGCCAUCCCAGCACCAGCUAUCCUGCCCUAUGUGCCAUUCUCCUGCCCCUCUAGCGCAGCACCAGCUGUUCUACAGUCCUCUAUUCUCCUAGCUCCCUACCAUGCGACCAGUGCAUCUACUGUGCAUAAUCCUUCAUAUCUACCCUGGUGCCAGCCUAAUAUCCACUAUCCUGCCCCGUGUGCCAUCCUGCCAGCUCAUGCUGCCACCUACCAUCCUCCCUGCCUUCCAGCCAACUCAUCAUCCUGGCAUUGGCCUGGCUUCGCCCCCUGGCUGCUGGGUUUUAUAAAAACAAAACCAAUCUCCUUGUUUUUAUUUAUAAACAUAGUUUUAUUGGAA